UUGGGUGAAGAUGGCGGCAGCCGAGGCCGCGAACUGCAUCAUGGAGGUUUCCUGUGGUCAAGCAGAAAGCAGUGAGAAGCCCAAUGCUGAGGACAUGACGUCCAAAGACUACUACUUUGACUCCUAUGCCCACUUUGGCAUCCAUGAGGAGAUGCUGAAGGAUGAGGUGCGCACUCUCACAUACCGCAACUCCAUGUUUCACAAUCAGCACCUCUUCAAAGACAAGGUUGUGCUGGACGUGGGCUCGGGCACAGGCAUCCUCUGCAUGUUUGCGGCCAAGGCAGGAGCCCGCAAGGUCAUUGGGAUCGAAUGUUCAAGCAUCUCUGAUUAUGCUGUGAAGAUUGUCAAAGCCAACAAGUUAGACCACGUGGUGACCAUCAUCAAGGGCAAGGUGGAGGAGGUGGAGCUGCCCGUGGAGAAAGUGGACAUCAUCAUCAGCGAGUGGAUAGGCUACUGUCUCUUCUACGAGUCCACGCUCAACACUGUGCUGCAUGCCCGUGACAAGUAGCUGGCACCUGAUGGCCUCAUCUUCCCAGACCGGGCCACCCUUUAUGUGACAGCCAUUGAGGACCGACAGUACAAAGACUACAAGAUCCACUGGUGGGAGAAUGUAUAUGGUUUCGAUAUGUCCUGCAUCAAAGACGUGGCCAUCAAGGAGCCCUUGGUGGACGUGGUGGACCCGAAGCAGCUGGUCACUAAUGCCUGCCUCAUAAAGGAGGUGGACAUUUAUACAGUCAAGGUAGAGGACCUGACCUUCACCUCCCCCUUCUGCCUACAAGUGAAGAGGAAUGACUACGUGCAUGCCUUGGUGGCCUACUUCAACAUCGAGUUCACCCGAUGCCACAAGAGGACCGGCUUUUCUACCAGUCCCGAGUCCCCAUACACACACUGGAAACAGACUGUGUUCUACAUGGAGGAUUACCUAACAGUGAAGACUGGCGAGGAGAUCUUUGGCACCAUUGGCAUGAGGCCCAACGCCAAAAACAAUCGCGACUUGGACUUUACCAUCGACCUGGACUUCAAGGGCCAGCUAUGUGAGCUCUCUUGCUCCACCGACUACCAGAUGCGCUGAGGUGGCGCCAGGCUGGCCUCCUACUGAAGGGGGCUUAGGGACUGGGCUUGGGGGAUGGGAGGGUACAUCGUGACUGUGUUUUUCAUAACUUAUGUUUUUAUAUGGUUGCGUUUACACCAAUAAAUCCUC